CUCUCCGGGGCCCAUGUAUUAACAUUCUACUACAGGAGACAACCUGACGUAUGAAAAUUAUACUGGUCGAGUGUCUAAGUCUAUCGGAAUGAAGGGAAUUGUUCUCCCAUGUGAUCAUCAUCAUUUUCGUGCUCUAUUUCUAUUCCCAUCAUUUCAUCUUACGGUAGUUGGACUCAAAUUUGGACAUUUUAAGCACGGCAAGAUUUGCAUUUCCUUCUCAUAUACUGCAAGGGUUGUCAGUUUUGGUGAGAAAUGAUGCGUUUGCCGUAUUUGCAUGUAUUCGCAUGUUUUGGUGGUUAUUUUAACUUCAUGAUAAUUUGAUUUAAUCAUUUAUAUCGAAUAAACCAUGAGGUGGAUUUUUUUCUGUCAUACCCUGAAAACAUGCAAUUUAGUAAAAUUAUUGCUACUGAGUUAAGUUGAAAAAUAAAAUUUUAAUUGUUUAAUGAUCUUGGAAUAACCAGCUUUCAACGAACUCGCUGAAAUUCUAGAAGGUUUCGAGAAAUUGAAAAUUUCGGCAUUCUAAAAUUUUACAGGAAAGUCGUUUUUUUUUUGCCGGUCGCUGUAUAUUAUAAGGAUUGCUUUAAAAUGUCUUGGGGUUAAUUAUAUUGGUCUUUUAAAAAUGUCCUUUACAGUUAUCAUUGUAGAACACCGAAAUACGAAUUCAUAAAUUGCAGAUUCAUAUGAUCUAUGUAUGUAUAUUUCAUGUAUAAAUUUAAACCUUCUUAAUUUUUUUCAAAACAUUUACAAUGAAAAAGAAUAGAAUAAUCUUUUAUAAAAUACAAACCCACAUUUCUAUUUUUAUUAUUAUUCAAUAUAUUGCAGUUGUCAGAAAUAUUCAAUGGGAAAAUGACACCUAUUUUACAGAUGCAACUAUGAAGGCACCCACGAAAAGGAAACAACAAACUGUCACUGAAGACACCAAUCAAAAUUUCGCGACGCGUAAUAGUUCUGAAGAGAUUAAAAUCAGCAACGAUAACAUUUCAGUUCUAUCAAUUGAUGAAAGUGGUGGACGUUCAGACACAAGUACCACGUACUCAAGUGAUGAUGAACAAUUCAGUAAUAAUUUCAAGCUAAGCGGUCAACUUAAUCCAGACGAUAUACUGGAUGAGAAUGAAAACAGUACCCGUACCAAUUCACCACGCGGAUCAAACAUAGGUUGCAUAGCAGUGCACAACUCAUCGGAUAUCACUUUCGGGAACAAAACUUAUAUCAGAGGACAGGUUGUAAUCAAAAACGUUUAUCCGGAGAAGCAAGAAUCUAAGAUUGGGACUGAAAACAUAAAAACAGAUAAGCGGGAUAGGAAAUCAUCUAGGCUUAGAGCAAUUACUCGUAGUAGGCCACUCCUCAUCGUUUUAAUUUUGACAACGGCCGUAAUAGUUUUGUUAUGCGUCGUGUUCAAAGUUAUACCCUCAGGAUUAAAUCUAUUCAAAUCAUCUAUGAAUAUCGAAAAUCACAUUCUAAAUCGUAGUGUGUGGCUAGCUCAAACUCCAGCUCAGAUAAGUCCUUUAUUGGAGUUACCGGUAGACCGGGUAAUCAUUGCUCAUACUGUGACGGACGAAUGUUUGACACAGAAAGCAUGUAUCAAUACGGUUCGGCGGAUCCAGGAGCAACAUUUAAGAGAAGAUUAUGGUGAUAUUGGCUAUAAUUUUCUCAUCGGAGGAGAUGGUAAUAUUUACGAAGGUCGAGGAUGGCAUCACAUUGGAGCCUUCUUAGUUGGUCAAAACUCUAAAAGCCAUGGCAUUGCUUUCAUAGGUGACUACAGAUAUCAAAAACCUACGGAAAUACAGAUGGAGCUAUUAGAUGGUCUGCUUCAAAUGGGCGUCAGUCUAGGCGUAAUCACAGCUGAAUUUAAACUGUACGGUGCUAGACAGUGGCAGCAAACUAUAAGUCCUGGAGACCUUUUGUUUGCUAGAUUGAAGAACCAUGGGCACUUCAGUUUAGAUUAGUUGGGUUGUCCGCACAUGACAUAAGGAAAUUUUUACUGACGACUUUCUGCAUAGUUCCUAGAAUAACUAAGCAAAAUCUUACUUUUUACUCCACACAAACAAUGAAUAUUCGGAAAGAAAACGCCUUAGUUUAUGCAACUUAUAAGAUUAUUAAUUCAGUAGUAAUUAAAAUCAGUACAAUUCAGUACAUUACACGUUCUCCAAAAAUUAAUAUAAUUCAAGCAUUUUUCAAAAAAAAUGUAGGAAUGGCUUCCAAAAAUGCGUGGCACCAAAGUGGAUUCAAAGUUGUCUUGUUCUGAAAGAUGAUAAAUGGCAAUCGACG